CUAUCCCCAAGGUUACCCAUACCUUGUUGGUUUCCGUGUUAGACCCGAUCCUCGUUCGAUAUACCAUUGGAUCAUUUCGCUUCCUCAAACUGAAGCAACAGCAAGCCACAUUCCCGGCGUAUUCCCGGCGUUGGUUUGGUUUCAAAUGCCUUCUCCCACCCACAUGCCACCCUAUAUCAAGAUGGCUCACUGAAUGAUUGAUCCUACCAACUAGCCACUAAACUACUGAUUUCCGGCAAACGAAAUGCUGACAGGUUUAAUUUCGUUCGGCAAUCUACCUAGAAUACCAGUCUAGCAUUGAGGCGACACGAUGAGCUGGACAGUAUGCCUGUUAUAGUCAACUAGGAUCAUCGAAUUUCAACAAUAUGACUCGAGUCCCUCGAAGGUCUGCCUCGGCCUUUGCCAGGCGGAGCCCAAAUUGGGUUGCGAAACGAAAGGCGCGGAAGCAUAAAGUGAUACUGGAAUCCGUCACCCAGGAGAAGAAAAAGCUUCGAAGUGUGAUAUCCUUCGAAGCUAGAGCGCCCCCAGGGUAUACAUUUAUAUCCGCUGGCGAUCCACAUUUCACAACAACUUGCAAAGAAAUUUGUCGAAGAGAUGGGUUAAAGGUGUACGCAGUCUCUACAACCCCACACAUGUAUGCACACGGCCUUUCACAGCAUGUGCACCGCAUUGGCUAUCAUUUUCCCAGUGCUGUUGUUGCAGAUGUGUGUAUGGAUCGCGGUCUAUAUCUCACCGCAAUUGGGAAGGCUGUGUCCUUUUAUAACAUAGGAAGUGAGGCCGGCCGUAGGAAUACUGACUCAGCUUCUCAGAUUACUAUCAAUACAGAAGCAAGGGAUGUCCUCAAGGAUCUCUUCCCAAAUAUUCCCGACAAUGAUCUCAACCAAAUUAUUAAAACGGCAUUUCAAAAGGGCCAACGGAAAGUGGGUACAGCAGUUGAGCUACCUCUCGCCCGACGAGCGCAAUUAGCAGUUGUCGCACAUAUUCGACAUAUCUACACAAAUUACGAUCGCCUUCUCAAAGCAACCUCUUUCCAUGAAGCAAGGGCUACUGUUGAGCAGCCGACUCUUGCCAAGCUAGUGGAGUGGAGAGGUGACGAUGAAAAUGGCAAAACGGUCCUUGAAGAUGUGUUCCGCGAAGUCAUUGUUAUAUCUGAUGACGAUGAUAGUGAUGUUGAAGGAGAGCCGCUUCCACUUCAUGGCCGAGAUACAAGCGUGGAAGUUAUUUCUAGCAAUGCUGUGGUUGAGGAACUUCAGAUGAGGCCUGUCAACCAUGGAAAUCCCACUCCCCGGGAACCGCAAGUAGAGCAUUUAGACGAUGAGAUCGCUUCAGGCUUCCGUUUCAUCCCUAAGCCUCCCAAGAAAACCAAGAUUGACCGUCGAGGUUUCAGCAGGUAUCAGGCUUGGGAUCGUGCCCUCAAUAGGUACAGGAACAGGAUAAAUGGCACCAAUCAUCAGUUUCCUUCUUAUUCUGCAGGUGAACACUUGCCGGAAAACCUUGGACUUGGCAGGGAGCCUUCUUCGUGCCGAACCAUUGACACCGCACACUUACCUGUUGCCCCUAAGGAUGCCUUUCCUAAUCAGAGAGCAGUUAAAAGUAACUUGAGUCAGCCACAGAUUCACCCUGUGGCAGCCCAUCGUAGAAUCCCUCAUCGGGACAACCUAGCUGUGCUGACUUUGGAUGAGUCUUACGAUCUACAUCCUCUGGCCGAGCUGCCGAACAAGAGGAGGGGAGGUGCCAUUGCCCAACCCAACAUGGCCCGUCCUUUUCCAUUGGAAAGGGCCGAUAUAUCUGAGCCAGCAAGAUACUCUCUCCAACAUCCUGAUGUGUCAAGCGGCCCUGUUUUUGUCAGUGGCCCAAGAGAAGUCCCCGAGAGGAUUGGGGACAAUCCUAGACCCCCUCCCUGGCCACCAGGACACUCACACAGCAGAACAAUGGACGAGCAGGAUCACGUGCUGCCUUCCAUCGAAAGCCCCCUUCCUGUGGAGAUCAAACGCCCAAAUAGUGGCCAUAUAGAACACCUUUCUAGAAGGAUGUCUGGAGCGUUCAAUUUCCGCUCAGUAACGCCUCACCGCCAAGUCCGCCCAGAUUUUCCGAAGCAUACCUUGCCUCAGGAAUAUUCUCAAGCGCACGCCUCCAAAAGACGGCGUGUGGCAUAUCAUGAGCCAAUUCCAAUGGAAAACCCGCCCCCUCCCAAUGGCUCAAUCAUUUUAAGUACUCACUCCGGGAAUCGAAAUGGCACAGGCGAGCAGGCCUCUGUCCAGAAUGGCCCCCAAACCCGUAGGAGAUAUGUCGUGCCAGUUGCUCCACAUUACAUUGGAGAACGUGGACUAGGAAAUGCCCAGGAUUCUCCCAUUUCUACCGCUCGUUUUGAUUGUGGUUCCCAAAUUCAUGCACCUCAUAGGCCAAUCCAAGGUUAUGAUGGCCAAACAUUUUUUUACAAUCGUCCUGUUGACUCUCAAAACGGAUAUCAUAAAUCACCAGGUCAAUCUCACCCAGCGUUUGAUACGAGGUAUACCGUUACUUCUGGUAGUGGCCGUGAUGGGAUUAUCCCGCGCCAUUGGCCAGGCCUGACAGAACCACAUAUAUCUCGCAAUACCCAGGAAUCUAGUUGCAACGAAGGGAAGGCACCAGAGGUGACAGGGCAUGGGUCUGAUUGUACACGGUGGAACAAGGAUCCGGCUCCCUACAAGCCCGUAGAGAAGCAGAGGCUUUACGCCGAUGGUUUUGUCCGCCCUAUUGAUGUUGGGGAGCCCGGUAUGUUGGAGUAUCAACAGGUGCAUCAACUUUCCUCCGGUCACAUGGUGAAAAACCUACCUCAAAUGGCUAACCCAAAGCUCUGCAAUAUCCAACAUCGGGGUGUUAUGUCGGAUAGUUUACCAUCGGCGCCACCCCGCUUUCGAACCCAUCUGGACCCUCUGGCUAAACCCCAACACUACGCAGCGAUUGGCGAUCAAGUCUUAAGACAUACCGACAAACUACUCAGAACGCCGCCCCGUUUAUCAAGACGGAAGACCCCCAAAGGGUAACCUGACACAC